AUGAGGCUCGAAUAUCACGGACGAUGGGAGAAGACAGUCCAGUUGUUGCAGCGAGGAUUCACCCGGUUUGCUCUAUCUCUUUGGCGUGACGCGCGUCUUUCAGCCGGCCGAAGCUGGGCAGAGCAGAGCGUGGACGAGGCAGCAGCCAUGCUGGACCUAGAGAAGCAGUUCCUCUUUGCGGGAAGUGCAGGGCCACUCUUCUAUGUCCCAGAGGCAAUCAGCGUCCAGCAUCUCCCCGCUAAUGCUGGAACAAUAGCAGCAUUUGUCUACCUGACGCUGUACAUGCUGAUGGAGCCCGUGGCUGGAGCUCUUCUGGCACCUCUGCUGCUGAGCGGAACAGCCUACAUGAACUACCUGGUCAGUGCCUACGGCAUGACCGCCGUCUACUGGUCGUUGGCCGUCCAGGGAGUAGCCUGGAUCCUGCAGUUCGUCGGCCACGGCGUCUUUGAGGGUCGUGCACCUGCCUUGCUCGAUAACCUGGUGCAGGCCUUCUUCCUGGCGCCCUUCUUCGUCUGGCUCGAGGUUCUCUUCUUCCUCGGCUACCGUCCAGAGCUGAAGUCCCGUAUCGACAAGGCCGUUGCGAAGGAGGUGGCCAAAUUCAAUAAGGAGAAGGAGGAGAAGGCGAAGGCGAAGAAGUGA